GAACCUCACAACGCAAUUGCAAUGUUUUGAACCUCAGCUGGUCCUCAGCGGAACUGCACGCAGCGUGUGACGUCACUCAACGUCACAUCCGGUGCAAGAUGGCAGCGACCUUGUGUGGCAGGAUUGUUACAAAAACAGGAUGUCUGCCCUUGUUUCAGAGUGUGCGUCAUGGCUCCAAAGCUGUAACCCGCCACAGAAAGCCCAUGCACUUCCUGAAGCAGAAGUUGAUGGCUGUUACAGAAUACAUUCCCCCGAAACCUGCUGCUCCUCCUGGAGCUCUCGGUCAACGCACCCAGAAGACUAAGGAGCAAAGUGGCCUUGCGAAACUGUUAGAGAGAGAUUUGGAGACGGUCUUCAGUGAGUGUAAAAUGAUUGCUGUGCUUCAAAACAAUGCCACCAAUGCUGAAGACAUGUUGCUGCUGAAGCACAGACUUAAAAAACAUGACAUUACUGUCCAAUUUUUCCCCAAUCAGGUAGUAAGAUCCUUUCUUUCUGGCAGUCAAUAUCGUAACAUGCAACCUCUGUUUAUUGGACAAACUGUGAUGUUUGUCAGCAAAGAGCCAAAAGUGAAGGAAAUGUUGCAAGUGUUAAGGAGUAGUCCUCAGAUGUUGCUUUUGGGUGCCUGUAUUGAGAACACACUACUCUCACGAGAAGGGAUCCUUAACUACUCCAAACUGCCGUCCAUGCGUACUGUCCAUGGUGAACUGGUUGGAGGCUUGACCUUGAUGACGUCACAAACUGUUUCAAUGCUGCAACAGCACCCUGCGUAUCUCUCGGUUCUUCUCCAGCAGCAUAUUAAGCAGCAGCAGCCUGCAGAUAAUACUGAGCUCAAGGCUGUGCCUAAAACUGGAGAAACAACAGCCUAAAUUAAUUUAUGUCUCUUCAGAAGCUGAAAGCAAUUUUAUAUCCAUUAGUAUGAACUUUGUGUGGACUCAAAAAAAACAUUGCUAUUGUAUUGACCUAAAUAUGUCAUGUACUUUAUUUAUGGUCUUGAAUCCACAUUAAGAGAUGUUGCAAGAUGGCAGGUUUAUUAUUGAAGGCACCAUUUACAGUCACCUGGUUCUUUUAUUAUACAAAACUAUAUAAUUGUCUAAUUGCAUAUCACACACAGCAAUUUUUUUUAUUGGUAAUAGUGAAAUAUUUGAGUAAUAGAAAUAUGACUGUUGUUUGGAAGAAGCAUAUUGUCUGGUCAACCAGACAUAAUACAUCCAGUCUUGUGGAUUCUGUUAUUAUUUUGUAAAUUAUCUUAUAUUUCUGCCACAUUACACAUCUACUGUAUAGUGCACUCUAAAAUUUCUAGCAUCCUUUAUGAUUUUUUUAAAAUAAAGAUGUCAAGGAAUAAUA